ACGUUAAGCACUCAGCCAAACUGUCACGCUGACAAUCUAUCCACUUCCGCCUGUUUUCAUUCUCUCUCUUUUUCCGUCAUCUUCGAUUGAAGAAACUGCACACAUUUUGUGUCAGCUUUAAAAUUUCAAUCAAUUUCAGUAACAUUUCGAUAAAAUGGCCAAGCGCACCAGGAAAGUCGGAAUCGUCGGUAAAUAUGGUACCCGUUAUGGUGCCUCCCUGCGUAAGAUGGUGAAGAAAAUGGAAAUCACCCAGCACGCCAAGUACACCUGCACAUUCUGCGGCAAGGAUGCCAUGAAGCGGUCCUGCGUCGGAAUCUGGUCCUGCAAGCGAUGCAAGCGUGUCGUUGCUGGAGGUGCCUGGGUGUACUCGACCACCGCUGCCGCCUCGGUCCGAUCGGCUGUCCGUCGUCUGCGCGAAAUGUAAAAAGUCAGAAGGCUGUAUUCCAUCGAAUGAUUUGCCAACACCCGAUAAGUGAAUGUUACGUUACUUUGCAUCAUCGCCGGCUGCUCGUAAGCUGCCCUGGCAACAAUCGUUUGUAUGCAGAAAGGGGGAAAGGAUGAGAAAUAAGUGUGGAAUAAAAAAGGAGCAACAUCUUCCUGAAAGGUGAAAUCUGAAAACGAAA